GGAAUCAUCCGUGGUAUGUGACGAUCCAGACACUCAACGAAGACCAAUUUAAUCAGCGCCAACUAAACCAAAAAAGAGAAAAAAAAACACUGAAGGAAAAGUGCACAUUUCUGAAGAUUUGUUUCGUGAGGAUUCUAGCUUGCGGCAGCAGAGAGAGCACAAGCCGUGAGCUUACGUUGUUGCAAGUAAAGCUCGCUUACUGUCCUUCGUUCCUGUCGCUGGACCGUGUGCAUGUUGUGAUUCGCCCCUUGCCUUGGCAAACAACUUAACAAAAAUAUGACACAACAACAUAGCCGCAAGCAACCUUUGUCCAUUGCAUUCAUCGCGCUUUUAGCGGUCACGUUGCAUCAGACCUUUGCUGCCACUGACGCCCCGCCCACGGCUGCCCCUCAAACCACGGCUCCGCCUCCUGCACCCCCGGCUCGGCCCGAGAGAGGCAACUACACUGUAACCAACGGCAAUGGGACCGCCUGUCUGAUGGCCCGCAUGGGACUGCAGCUCAAUGUCAGCUUCAGCUCUGCCUCUCUCAAUAAGACUGUGCUAGAGGUGGUGAACCUGCAGCCCAACCUGACUAAGAGCUCAGGGUCAUGUGACUUGGACAGCGCCACCCUACUGCUGAAGGCUGACGAGAGGGCAACCAGUCUCACCCUCGUCUUCUCCCUGAAUGCCACGUCCAGUAAGUACCACCUCAGUGGAGUGACCCUGUUGGCAGCCUGGCCGGACAUGCAUGUGCCCUUCUCAGCCGGUAACCGUAGUCUGGACUACCUGCGUGGUACCCUGGGGCGUAGUUACAUGUGUCGUGAGGAGCAGACUCUGGCUGUGACUGUCAACUUCUCUCUCAACACCUUCCAGCUGCAGGUGCAGCCCUUCGGCCUCAAAGGGGACCAGUUUGGAGCAGCGGAGGAGUGUCAGCUGGAUGAGGAUGACAUGUUGAUCCCCAUCAUCGUGGGCGCUGCGCUGGCUGGCCUGGUCCUCGUCGUUCUCGUGGCCUACCUCAUCGGCAGGAAGAGGAGCCACGCUGGCUAUCAGACCAUCUAAAAUCACUUCCUAUCAACUGACCCCCCCCCCCCCCCCCCCCCCCAAGAGCCAGAGAGCGCAAGCCCGCCCCAUCUCACCCUCCAGCUACUAACCAUCACCUGGAUUGACUGAACCUCACUGCGACCCUUAAACUGAACUUUCCCCAAUUCAGUUGGUCUCAUCUUAGAAUCCUUGCUGCCCCAUCCUCCCCUCUGAACUCUCAUUAGCCCCGCGUUGGGUAUCCAUGGGGUUGAUAUGCGCUUUCAGGACUUGACUACUCCUUUGUAUGAACAAAAAAAAAAGUGGGAAUCUGCUGAGAUUUGUAUUUACAUAACGAAACACUCUUGACAGUAGAGCUUUUCAUGGAUCCACCUAUACUCGAGACCUGAUCCAGAAUUCGAAAUAAUGUCACGGGUUGAAUCUGAACAGAUUAUCACGGGUAGGCCUACAUGUAACUUUAAUUUACCUGUCCGGAAGAGCCCGUACAGAUCCAAACGCGACUGCUACAGUAGAGAGAAAUGUAGUAAUUUAUGCUGCUGCUCUUUAUGCUACUGCCACGAGAGUGGCGUUUGUUGUUGUUGGCCAGUCAUAAGUUAACAAAGCUACAAUAGGCUAGUCAUAGAGCCUUCCUGUGUGGCAAAAGUUAGGAGAUAUCUAAUAAAUAUAAUUACAAGUUAAAGGAGAGGGAUGGGCUACAACGACAAUAGUCUGGAGUUGUAAGUGUAGGAUGAGAAAGCGUAAGCACUGCAGCCUCAGUUAGCCUAGCUCGCUAAUAUCAGCUAGCUUAAUUAGCUUCUCCCGGUUUGAUACAGUCAAGCCCGGUACGACGUAAUCAUAUUUGAUAAAUCAUUUAGCUAUGGCAGCUAUUGGUUGGUUGCUGUUAUCUCUCCCUCACUCGCUCAGUACGGCCCGUCCCCCACCUGCUGGAGCGGCACCUCCCUCACGCGUUUUAUCGGCUUUAAAAAAGUGUUUUCUGUUGCUUCCCUCACUCGGAUCGGGGCUGGAUCUGACCAGGUCUAUACGGAACGGGUCUAGCUGUCUCUGAGUUCGUUCGGAAUGCGUCUCUGACUAAAUUCAAAAAAUGUAUUUAUACAUAUCGGGUUCGAGUAGGGAAAGCCCAGGUCUAUUUUGGAACAGGUCCAGCUUUUUGGACCCAUGAAGACCUCUACUUGAGAGACACCAUCACUCAACAUGGCAGGGGGUGGGGUGGAGUUUUCAUAUAACCAUAUGCUGAAUAAUAAUCCACACUCUGCUAUUUGUAGCCUAGGGUUUCAUAUCAUGCAUUACAUUUACUGGUGUUUAAUAACAGGAUUUCUGAGGGAUUGUUUGUGUACAACCAUUGCUGCUGCCUUUUAAUGGCUACUUCUCUGUUUUGGUUGGUGGCCAUUUUGUCAGUCACAACGUAAUAGGAGGCCGUUGUUACUCCUGUGUAAAGGGAAUAUAAUGACUGUCGCUGGUUGCUCCAACCAAACUUGUUGCUUAAGGUUUUCAACAUCAUUAAACAUAAUGAAUUUUUAAAAUUCUGAAUAUAAUAUGGAGUUGAUGCAAGUCUCCCCUAACCUGAGUUUGAGGGUCAGAUAUUUUUGCAUCCACCUAAUGUUUAAGGCUAUGAUUUGGGUCUGGGAAAUCUGAUCCUAGAUCUGUGGUUAGGGGCUAAGCUAGGUACCAGCGGCAGUUUUCAGAAUGGUGUUUCUUCAUCCAUUUCUUAGGGGUCCCCUAGUUGGACAUUUUUUUUGUGCACCUUCUUGUGUUCCUCUUGGACUGGGUUGAGGAACAAGGGUAAAGGUCAUUUGAUGGUGAAGCAGUUGAGGUCUGCAUACCACUGCUUAUAGGUAAAUGUAUUAACCGGCGCCUCAUGGUCAAUCCGACAUCUGCUUUGGCUGUGCAGCAUUUACGGUGAUACGGCCUCGGCAGAAGUCAGGACAUUCAUACUUGUUGUGCUUCCUGAAGCAAAGCAGAGCUGUUAAGGAAGUGACACGCUAUACAGAGUCCUCCCCAUUUAUUACAACAUUUUGAGAGGCAUGUGCUUGAUUUGGCCUCUGCAUGCCUCGAGGCUCCGCAAUUGGUUCACACCCUCCAUACGAACAGACUAAGCAUAAAUUGGCUUUAAGACGGGGUGAUUUUUCUUUUCUGGGGGGGUAUACUGAUGGUACGUCCAGUGAUACACUAAGGGGAGGGUUGUUACAGUUGAAUUUUAUGGUGCGUACAAAUGGCUGAACACUAACUCAAAAUGCACCUGUGUAACUUGGGACACUUUUUAGUGAAUAGUCACAUUUAUUAGGUGGUUUUCUCAAGUUACAAUUCCAGAUAUUAUAGUUUAAAUUGUUCUGUUGGAGUUACUGCCAAAAGAACAGCAACAUUUUAGGGAGGACAUCAUUUCUCCACCCCAAAAUAAUGUUAAGCCAAAUGGAAUCUGUGCCUCCCCACUUACAAGAAGGAUGGGAUCUAUGCUAAUGUUCUAGAUUUGCACACACUCUAAUCUGUCUCAAAUGGCACCCUAUUCCCCAUGUAGUGCAUAUCUUAGUUGGGUGUCAUUAGUCAUAGCCUUUUGUCUCUACACGGCGUUACCAUAGAACAAUGAGCCAUAUUUCACCAGAUGUAUAAAUGGCUGUGGUCUAUCUUGGUUUAGUUAUAAAGAUAUUUGGCGUUCUGAGAUCUUGCCUUGCCUGUUGAAAGAUCAGAGGAUGCAUUAUUUGGAGUAAUGAAACUGCAUUUUUAUUCCACCCCUCUUCUAGAAGUGUUAACAUCCAUAGGUUGAAUACGGCUUUAAGAAUGUUUUAAUUGUUUUCUUAAGUGUAGUGGUCAAUAAAAUAAAAAAAUAAGCUGAA